GCAACUGCCGUCGCUGUUUAUUCGGCAUGAGAUAUCGUUGUUGUGAAUGGAGGCUGUUAUAUUGAGUUAUGCUCACAUAAAGACUGUAUUGCUUUUAUUAAACGAAUAAGGGUGCUGGCAACUCAAUAAGUGUUUUUGUUUCGAACUUUACAGCUAAUAUGUAUUUUAACUCCGCACACAGCAAAUGUAAGCAGCGACAAAACUGAAAUGGUUAGAUUUUAACGUACGAUAUAUAUAUAUAAUGUAACUGACCCUAACUGUGUUAGAGCAAAUGGUUUAACCCAGCGCACAUUGCGGCUGGCGUGUGAAUGUUUUUUUUUUUUUUUCGGCUGGAAGUGAAAGAUCAUUUAUCAGGAUGUCCUCGAGUGAAGAUGCUGUGAUCUCUGCACGCAGCUCAUGGCUGUGCUCUUCACAGAAACAGCUGUAUGAUGUUCUCACCACAACACAAAACAACAGUCCAAGCGAUGACAGGUUUGAACAUGACAGAUGCGACCCUGUGUGUCUGGAUAGAGCUGAGGAGGGCUUGCCGUGCGUUGUCACACUUUUGUGCACACCUAACUCUGCAUCUGUGAUCAGCAGCCUUCAGGUCAUCAGCGAAGCCCGCACUAUUGAAGUGUACUCGCUGUCAGGAGAGUACUGUGGCACCUGCCGUGGAGAGGACGUUCACAGAUCACAAACUGAUGGUGGUGAAGAAAAGAGGCAUUUCUACAGGAAUCAUCUGGUGCUGGAAAACCCUGUUGCAUCCUGUGAGGUGAAGCUGCUCUCUCUCGGUGGCCGCUCAUCUGUGGCUAUCGCCCAUGUGGGUGUGGGACUGGAGGUUGUCAAGGACAGACGAGCCGGGCCGAGUAUAGACCCAGGCAUCGACCUUCAGCGUGUGCAGACUAUGAUGGAGGAGAUGGGUACCACUCUUUCGCCAGGAGCGCAAAACCUCAUGGAACUGGUGCAGUGCCAACAAAAGAAUAAAUCCGACAUGCUCAGUGGAUUCAUUCCUCUGCUUAUGGGAGGAGGAGCCUUGAGCUGUCUGUCUAGAGGAGGCGGAGCUUCUAGUUCUGCAGGAGCAGAGUCAGGCCCAAAUCUACCAUCUGGCCUCGGGCAGCUUCUGUCUACCAGCAACCAGAAUCAGACUCCCGGAGCAAUGUCUGCCCUGCUGAGCUCUGAAACCGGCAUGAUCAACCCAGACCUGCUUCCAAUGCUGCAGACCGUAUGCGGUCAGGUCACGCAGCUCCGUCUGGAAGAAGCCACUUCUCCAGAGAGGAAGAAGAAUGGAGAACGGGAGGGUCAUAUAUGUUGCGGAGGGUUCGAGAAAUUUCUGGAGACUGUUGUAGAGAAGCGAAUGGAUGAGAUGGAGAGAAGAUUAAAGGAACAUCUGGACCUGCGUCUGGAUGCUCUACAGCAGAGACUGGAGAUCACGCUUCAACAGGCACUCUCUCAUAAACAACACCAGUAAACAACACACAGCACUAACCUGAACACUUAAAGCAAGAUCUCCCUCCUCAGCUUUUACUUUAAUGACAACUGUAUAAUCAUGUGAAGGGACAUUUAAUUCUCGUCAGCUGUCCCUUCAUAAUAAAAAAACGAUUGUAACAUUUUUGUUGUGCUAGCAGUCUCUACUGCUUUGCGUGGAAAUGGCUUACGGUUUAACAGCAAUCACGCUCCCGUCCCAAAGAGACUGCACUCAACUCGGUUUAUGUGGUUAACAGCUUGACAAGUCUGUUCCCUAAUGCAAGUCCACAAACGGUAUCGGGUGAUUUUCAGAAAUCACAGCUGCUUGAAGAACUUAACACUGUUGAAACUAUGUAAUAAAUUAUUCGAUCUAAAAGAUACUGCAAAGGUCGCGCUGAUUUGUCACUGUAAAUCGCUUUGUGUAAAUGAUGUUCAUAUGUUUAUACUGUUCAUACUGGAGAACUAAGGACAAAAAAAAAAGAUAUUAAAAAUGUUUAUACUAAAGAAUGA